CCUCGACCCGCUGAUCGCUCCAGCUCAGCUAUGGCGCUCAGAGGCCGGUGGGCGCCCGUCCUGUGGAGGGCCUGCAAUGUGCUGAUGGCAGCCUUCUUCGCGCUGGCGGCCUUGGUACAGGUGAAUGAUCCAGACGCAGAACUCUGGAUGAUUAUGUAUAUGAUUCCUGCAGUGCUGAUCUUGCUUGUUGGACUUAACCCUCGUGUCACAGGUAACCUCCUUUGGAAGAGUGUCUCAGCAAUCCACGUGAUCCUUUGUGUGGUGUAUGCUGCCACCUUGGCAUACUACCUCAUGUUUUAUACACAGUGGAACAUCUUACACGAGGAAGAAGGCAGGGAGCUGUUUGGUCUGGUGCUUAUCAUAGCAUGGAUGAGCCUAUGCCACAAUUUAUCAAAGAAUCGAAUUGGUGGGAGAAUUCAGUUCAUUAUUGCCAGUGUAACUGCUACUUUACCAUUUAUUGCAUGGCUCUACAUAUACAUUAACAAGGAGAUGCAUGCCGCCUGGCCAGCUCACUGCAAGACAGUCCUUUACAUGAAAUGAAGAAUCCUGUUCUUAAAAUGAGAGUAUUCCAUUUUUAUAAACAUGUAUUUUUUUUUCUUAAUCCCAGGAAUUUUUUAAGGCUGACUACAGUACAACACAGGGUUGGAUGGGACUAGUAAGAGUCUGGGUCUGACCUCCUAUUGUCAUAGUGUAGUACAAAAGGCAGUUGGAAAAAGUUAAGAAAUAUGAAUUCUAACUCAGCUUCCUCACUAUCUAUGUGACUUUGAAAAUAUAAAAAACCUCCUGGUGGUUAUUUCUUUAUCUAUAACCCAGGAUUAAAAUGAGAUCUACUUAGAAAGUUGGAAGGAUCAAACUAGAUUAUGAGAGCCCUCUGAAACUGUAAAGUGCUUGCAAAGGGCUACUACUACACAUGAUUAAAACACAAGGAAGCAGGGCUUGGUUAAUAUGACAGAAACAGAGGUUCAAGAGGGGACUGUCUCCCUGACCUAAUCUCAUUACAUUUAACUGUACAGUGUCAUGAAUUAAAUGAGAACCCCAGAGGAACCAAAUAAGCAAGCAUGUCUUGGAAAGAAAGGAAAAUUAGAUAACGGAAUUUGGAACCAAAAAGGGAACAAUAUUAGUUACACUAUAAAUGAAAAAUAAGACUGAAGUCUAUACACACUUGAAAAAAAUGAUUUUCAAAAGUAACCCUGGGCCCUAACUGGUUUGGCUCAGUGGAUAGAGCGUCAGCCUGCAGACUGAAAAGUCCCAGGUUCGAUUCCGGUCAAGGGCAUGUACCUUGGUUGCAGGCACAUCCCCAGUAGGAGGUGUGAAGGAGGCAGCUGAUCGAUGUUUCUCUCUCAUCGAUGUUUCCAACUCUCUAUCCCUCUCCUUUCCUCUCUGUAAAAGAUCAAUAAAAUAUAUUUUAAAAAAGUAA